UUUAUUCGCGUUGACUGUCAAAAUAUGCGUUUCGGUACUUCCUUCUAUCACAGUCUUUCGACGGACGUUCUUUCGAUGUAGAUUUGCCAAAAUGCCUCCAAAGAAGGACACUAAGGGAGCAGCGAAACAGCAGCAAAAGACCCAGAAAAAGAAGGAAGGGUCUUCGGGAGGUAAGGCCAAGAAGAAGAAGUGGUCCAAGGGAAAGGUUCGCGACAAGUUGAACAAUCAGGUCCUGUUUGAUAAGGCUACGUACGAAAAAUUGUACAAGGAAGUUCCCGCCUACAAACUGAUUACCCCGUCCGUUGUUUCCGAACGUCUGAAAAUUCGUGGUUCGUUGGCGAAGCGCGGUCUACGGGAGCUGUGCGUAAAAGGGCUAAUCAAGCAAGUUGUUCAUCACCAUGCACAGGUCAUCUACACCCGAACCACUAAAGGAGAUGAUCCAGUUGCAUAAGUUACUGGAGUGUGGUGUGUUUGAAUAUAAUUCUGGGGUGCGAGUAUGAUGAAGAUACAGUAUCUUUAUGUUCAGUGAACGGAAAAAUAUACUUAUACACAAGUAAAAACUAA